AUGGAGGAAGAAGAAAAGAAAGAAAUGGAAGGGAAAAAUGAAAUGAAGAGAAGGGAGGAAGAGGGAUGGAAAUGGAAUGAAAAGGAACAAACUAAAUUUUUUGUUAAAUCUAAUGGUGUAGCUAAUUUUAAUGAGGAAUAUACUACGAGUAACUCAAGCAACUCAACUGUUAAUAAUAAUUCAUCAUUAAUUAAUAAUAUUCCUUGGAAAUGUUCAUAUUCUUAUUUAAAUUCCUUUAUUACGAGAUUAUUACCAACAAAACAGGAAAUUGAAACAAAAACAACAACAACAACAUAUCCAACAAAAACAUUUUUAACACAUUCUCCUACCAAAACAUCAACUAAAACAUCUUUAUUGACAAACAACACUCCACAAACAUUAAUUUAUUCGACAAAAUUCAAAACAUCCCCAACAACAUCAACAAAAACAUCUCCAAAAACAUUCCCAACAAAAACAUCAUUAAAAACAUGUAUAUUAGCAAAAACAACAACAAUCAAAACAUCUCCAAUAAAAGAAGAAAACAAACAACAAUCUCAACAACAACAAACAUCAACAAAUGUUUGUCUUCUUGUUAAUUCACAACAAACAGAAAAUGAAGAAAGGAACAAAAAGAACAAUUUAAGUUUUAGAAAUGGACUAAGUUUCCGAACAAGUUGUGAUAAAAAUGUUGAAAAUAUAAAGAAGCAACAACAACAAAAACAACGGCGAGAACAACAAAUGAAAAGAUCAGUUGCUACAACUGAAUGUUCCCCAACUUUAUUAGAAAAAAGAAAAUUAGUAGGAAAAAGUUGGGCAAGUUUUAAUAGUAGAAGAGGAAAUGUUUUAGUUUUUGCUUCUAAAAAGGAUAUUUUAAAUGAAUUACGUCGUCAACGAUUAGAAGCUAAAAUGAAUGCUACAAGUGUUUAUUUGCCUAAAUUAGAGAAAGAAAAAGAAGAAGAAGAAAAUAAUUUUAAAAAUAAUAAAAGUUUUAAAAGAAGCAAUAAAAGUUUAUUUUUUAGAAGAAAUUUAACAGUUCAAGUAUCAGAAUUUGAUUUUCCUCCAAAAUCUCCAAUAAAAAUUGUUGAAAAAGAAUUAUCAAACAAUCAAUUUGUUGUCAAUACUUCAAUUUGUUCUUCCCCAACAGCUACAAUAUUAAAAGAUCAAGUUCAUUCUUUAAAACAAAUUUCUGCUUCAAUUGUUGGAAACAACUUUAAUAGUCAAAUUGUAAAUGUUUCCCAACAAACUACCCAAACAAACAACAAUAACAACAACAACAAACAAUCAAAACAAACAAGAAAACAUUCAAAAGAUUUACAAACAUCUUCGUUAGGAUUUGAAUCAAAUAAAAAUGCUUCAAGUUUAUUAUUAUUUCCUAAAAAUCAGCUACGUCAUUGCCAUUCUGCAAAUAUUGUUAGUAAUUUAUUAACAACUGAAGAAAAGGAAAUUGAAGAAAUUAAAAGAAGUUCAAGUAGAAGAAGAAGAGGUUAUUUAAUGAUAAAAAGAAAAAAUGAAGCAGAGCAAAGCUUUAUUAAAUGGAAUGAUGAACAGUCUAUAUCUUUACCCUCCACUUCAACAUUAAAUAAACAUCGUAAAAUACCUCCUCCAUUAGGCAAUUGUAAUAAAUUUCUGUCGUCUUCCUCUUCUGAUACUCCCCAAUCUGCUUUCUCAUUUGGAUCAUCAUAUUCCUCUAAUUCAACAAAUUUUAUUCCAAAAUCAUUGCCGUUGAUGAGAAAGGGAAGAAGAAAUUUACAUUGUGGAGGAAUGGGAGAAGAAGAGCAAAAAUUAAGAAAUUUGAGAACAGGAAGAGAUGAAAUUGAUAAGAAAAGACGAGGGGGAAGUGGAAGAGUAAUUAGGAAGAAGAAUUUUAAGGGAAUUGAAGAUCCAACAAAAGCUUUGCUUGCCUUUUCCAAAUCUUUUAAAAAGAUUAGACGUGUGGAAACGUUUGGAAGUGAAAAGAGGAAACCUAAAAUCAAAAAUAAUAAUAAUUUUGUGAAUAAUAUUUCUUUGGAAAAUGUGAGGAAAAUAAGUCGUUCAAACAGUGCUCCUACAAUAGUUGAAAUAACAAAAUUAAAAGAAGAUGAGAAUAUCAAAAAUCCUAAUAGUCAACAAUUACCAAAUAAAAAUUUUGACUUAUCUUCCUUAUCAUCAUCUCCUCCUCUUUCUUCUUCUUCUUCAAAAAAUAAUAAUUUCCCCCUUCUUCGUCGUCAAGCUAUACGAAAAAAGCGUUCAUUUUCACUUGUGCCAAAUAAUAUUGAUGAUAAUUCUUCAAAAAAUGAGGAUUUAAAUAAUAAAAACAAUAAUAAAUUAAUUGAUAAUAAAAAAGUUAAAUUGGCUGAAAUAUAUAAUAUUAAAUUAAAGAAUGAAGAGAAAAAAGAAUUAUUUGCUUUUAGUCUUGAUAAUGCUUUAAUUGGGGAAAAGAGUUCUGUUUUCGAUGCUGACGGUCACUUUUUGAUGCCUUCCAGUGUUGGUGCGCGUGCUACUGUUGGAAGUGCCUUUUAUCGUUCCAUCGAUGCAAUGCCAUCAAUGAAUGCUUCUUCAACAAAAAAGUCUAUUCCAGUCAGCGAAUUGGUGGGGUUUUUUUUUGAAUUUUAA